CAGAUCAUCAGAUAGAUCACUGGCCCCGUGCUGAUUACCGCGCUUCCCAUCUGAGCAGCCAGCCUCCCAGGGUACAGGGAGAGACGCAGAAGAGACAGCUGCUGCCUCGCUGAGACGAUGGCCGGAGGCGGAGACCACUCCCAGACGAACGGAGGCCACGUCGACCAGAGGGCCUUGGAGGAGGGCAGGAAGGAGGAGUUCGCUGACCAGGGCUGCGCCGCCAUGGUCGUCUCCGUCCCAUUUAUCCAGAAGAUCAUCGCGGAGAUCUUCGGCACCUACUUCCUGAUGUUCGCGGGGUGCGGCGCGGUGACGAUCAACGCGAGCAAGAACGGGCAGAUCACGUUCCCGGGCGUGGCGAUCGUGUGGGGGCUAGCGGUGAUGGUGAUGGUGUACGCCGUGGGCCACAUCUCCGGCGCGCACUUCAACCCGGCGGUGACCCUGGCCUUCGCCACCAGCGGGCGGUUCCCGUGGCGGCAGCUGCCGGCGUACGUGCUGGCGCAGAUGCUGGGCGCCACGCUCGCCUCCGGGACGCUGCGCCUCAUGUUCGGCGGCCGGCACGAGCACUUCCCCGGCACGCUGCCCACGGGCUCCGAGGUGCAGUCGCUCGUCAUCGAGAUCAUCACCACAUUCUACCUCAUGUUCGUCAUCUCCGGCGUCGCCACGGACAACAGAGCAAUCGGGGAGCUGGCUGGGCUGGCCGUGGGCGCAACCAUCCUGCUUAACGUGCUCAUUGCCGGGCCCGUCUCCGGCGCGUCGAUGAACCCGGCCCGGAGCGUGGGCCCGGCGCUGGUGAGCGGGGAGUACACGUCCAUCUGGGUGUACGUGGUGGGGCCGGUGGUGGGGGCCGUGGCCGGGGCGUGGGCCUACAACCUCAUCCGCUUCACCAACAAGCCCCUCCGCGAGAUCACCAAGAGCACGUCUUUCCUCAAGAGCACGAGCAGGAUGAACUCCGCCGCCUCCGCCUGAUGGAUCUCCAUGGCCGGUAAUUUAGCCUACAAAACUAUAUAUUCACCCGUGUCGUCGUGUCAGUACGUGAGAGGAUAUAGAUAUAUAAUUCCUGCGUGCGUGUGCGUUUGUGUGUGGAUGGAAAACAUAUGAAAGAAGAGGUAUGGUUUGUGUGUGGAUGGAAAACGUACUGUGCCUGC